GUGUGGGACUUUAGGUUCAUCUCAUCACACAAGUGCAUUAGUGCUAUGGGGAGGCAACCUUGCUGUGACAAACUUGGUGUGAAGAAGGGUCCAUGGACUGCUGAGGAAGACAAAAAACUCAUCAACUUCAUUCUCACCAAUGGCCAGUGUUGUUGGCGUGCUGUUCCAAAGCUUGCUGGUCUUAGAAGAUGUGGCAAGAGUUGUCGUCUUCGUUGGACCAAUUAUCUAAGACCUGACUUGAAGAGAGGGCUCCUCACACAGGCAGAAGAACAGCUAGUUAUCGAUCUCCAUGCUCGUCUUGGCAACAGGUGGUCCAAGAUUGCUGCGAGGUUACCAGGAAGGACAGACAACGAGAUUAAAAAUCACUGGAACACCCACAUAAAGAAAAAGCUCCUUAAGAUGGGUAUUGAUCCUGUUACUCAUGAACCUCUUAACAAACAAGUCACAUCAUCUCAGGAUAGUUCCUCCCCUGCACAACAUUUGCCACAAGCUGAUAGCACCCUUCAAGUUGAACAAAAAGUAGGGGCUCUCAAUUCGGAAGAGAAUUCCACCUCAUCACCAAAUGAAAAUUCUUCUUCCCUUUUGGUGGAAAGCAUUUGCAAGAAUAAUGAGUCUCUCAUGAACAGCAUUUGGCUGGAUGAAUCUCCUCUUAUGGACACAUUAUGGGACAUUACACCUAAAGUAGAGAAUGAAAACAAUGACAUGGGCUUGCCAAUAUGGGAGGAUAAUUGUUCUUGGUUGUUGGACUUCCAGGACUUUGGUGUUCAUGAUUUUGGUUUUAAUUGUUUCAGCGAGAUUGAGUCAAAUGCACUGCAAACUAUAGGCAUGGACAGAAAAGGGCUUUAGGGUACACUACAUCUGGUAAACUGAGUUGGUCCUUAAGAAACAGAGCAACCUAUCAAAUAUUAUAUGUGACAAUAUGGGAAUAAAUCCAAUCUCUUGUGUCCAUGUCACGUUCAAAUUUUGUGUUUAUCUCUGUCUUGAUGAAUAUUAGAUAAGUUCUCCUUAUUUAUUAUUUGUCAAGAAAGUGAUAUAUACGACAUUUGAACGUGAUUUUGUUAUGUUAAAAUUUGACACGAGGAUUAACAAAAUACCAUGGACUUGAAUUUAGGUUCUUGGUGUUGAUUCUGUUGAAUUUUAUCUAGCUAUUAUGUUACAUAAUAAGACCGGAAGGUGGACGGCGAACCUUUCCUCUUAUGAGCCACUUCACCAACCAAAUCACAGAAAUGAUACCGAACAAAAUCCCCCAAAUGCCACAUUAUAUGUAUUAUUGUAAAUGCUGUAAUCUUGUGUAUGGUAGGCACAAGAAAAUGUAACAAGUCAAACUGCUACUGGGUUUUGUGAUAAUAUAUUUACUGUAUAUAGAUAUUUAAUUUGAAAA